CCAGUUUUCUCCAACUUUUUGUUUGGUCCUCCCAGAAAUUAUAUAAGUACAACCCAAAAAGCAAAAUUAAAAAUCGGAUCUUGGUAACUGUCAGUCUCUGCCAUAUUCCCAAAUAUCUCCUCUUCUCUUUUCUUUUUUUUGGAUAAAGAUUCAAUCUUUAUUGGUUUCUGGGGGCUGAGAGUCUCUGUGAAUAAUUGAAGGUGUUGAAAAGGAAGGGGGUAAUGGUUAGGGAGACGGGCAGAGAGCAGCCACCGGAGCCUCUUGAUUUCUUCAUUUGGACUGUUGAGGAUGUUGGUCUAUGGUUGGAAGAGAUAAAUCUGGGGAGUUACCGGCAAACAUUUAAGGAAAAUGGUGUCAAUGGAGAGUACCUGGAAGGCAUGUCUAUGUUCACUACUGAGCAGAUUCUUCGUUUUAUAAGGCGAUGCCACAUGAAAUGGGGAGACUUUAUCACACUGUGCAAGGAGCUGAGGCGAAUUAAAGUUGCUUGCCUGAAAGGAGAGCAAAAGGUACGCAGGCCAUGGUGGGCUCCGUCGUGCCUCUCGAUAGUAUUUGUCAAGGUGGCAAAGCGUAACAGACAAUCGCGCGUUGUUUCCUUGAAACUGGAACCGUAAGGAAGAUCUUAUAUGUAACUACCUGUAUUUUCUUCUUCUUUAUUUUUUUGCUUAGAGAACAGAGUAGGAAAGUAUCUGUUUCUGUUUGUUCUUCGCCGGAGAACUCUGUUUUAUAGUCUUUAAUGUAACUAUUACUGAUCAUUUGAUCUUUGUUUACUAUGAGAGCCAUGGGGCAAUCAACUUCUUGUUGCAAAUCAUCCUGCCCAUCUCUAUGAAAUUAUUUUUUCCCUGUA